CAUGUGAGAUGAGCUGCGUGGGUUUCCAACCUUCAUGUUUAAAUCAUGAAGAAACAGACUCAGUCCUGCCUGCAAAUGAUUCAGUCAGACAGGAGGAGGCAGUGUUGCCACAAAGUCAGUCUGAGCUCCCUCCCAGGAGAUUAAACCAGGAAGCUGCACAACAGGUGUUUGGCCAGGGAUCUCCACCUGGUUCGGCUGUUGCCAUGGAGCUGGCCAAUCAGGGAGGGGAAGCCUCUCAAGGCCAUAGUUGCGUUGCAGCUGCAAGAGAAAGGAGCAGCAGGGUGUGGGAGAGGACAGAGGGUGAAAAUGAGCUAACAGGUGGAGUGAAAGGGCAGAAUAAGAGUAGAGUUGAAAAGAGCAAGACGGCUGUGAGGUCACAGAGCAGAGGGCUGUUCAGGUAUCUCCAGGCAGUCCAAACACAAGAGUCUAAGGCGGAAAACAGCUGUGGUAUAUCUUCUAAAGCCAACAGAGACACCAGGAUGAGGACUGACACGUAUGAGGAUAGCCAGAGUGACAGCGGAGUGUCAGCAGACUCCCACUCAGACAUAACACGGAACAGCAGCACCAGCAUGUCUGCAGACUCUCCGGGCCCUGUCUCCUCAGAGACCCCCAUCGAGAGGGAGAUCAGACGGGCAAUAGAGCGCGAGCAAAGCCUGAGAAGAUCCAGAGGACUUCCAAACCAACGCACCUCUCCAGAAUACGUAGAAGUUCCUUCCAGAAAAAGUCUUAGCGUGUCCUCCACUCCCAAGUGGUCCCAGAACAAGGACAGGGAAUUUGCAGGCAAAAAGAUGCAGCACGAGAUUCACGAAGAGACUCGGAGGGAGCAAGACCUGGUCAAGAUUGGGAAAAUUCCUGGCUUCUAUGACAAAGGCACAGUUCGCCAAAUAAAAGAGAGGAAGCAACUCUUUGAGACCCUGCAGAUAUGUCCAGAAUCGCCAUUGACAGUCUCACCUAAAAGUAAGACCCCAUCCUGGUCAUCUGGUAGCAGUGACGAUUUGAACUUAAUUUUGGAGAGUCAAGAUGAAUCUGGGACAUCCACCCCAGAACAUACCACCUACAUGGAGAGAAAACCCAUUACGGUCAAUACCUCACAGAACCAAACAUCUGCCAAAGGUUUAGACCGCUCUGGUCUCAGAGGACCAAAGCUCUCAGAGGGGACUGGCUGUCAAAUCAUCAUCAUAGAAAAUAGCCGAAGCAUUCCAGCACAGAAACACUCCAAAGCCAAAGCAGAGGCAAAGGCCAGUCCAGCUCUUGAAACUGGAAAGGAUUUCAACUCAACAGAAAAGACAAGAAGCUAUGACGGGUUGAUGAAGGCAAAGAAGGAACAGGAGGAGAAAGAGAUCUCAGCGUCCAAGGAGAACCCUUUUUUCAAGCUCCGUUCCUCAGCUAAUUUAGAUAAAGUGAGGCAGGAUAUCCAAGAGACCAAAGACAGGGAGAAGGAGCUUCACACCUUGCGGCUCAGCUUGUAUGGGGGAAUCAAUGGUACCGAAUCCCCCUCAAAAAAAGAAAUCCCAGCUCCCAGUCCGCUACCCAAUGGUAGCAGUGGAUUAUAUGAAGGAAGACAGACAGCAGACCAGGUGUCUGUGCGACCGCCUGUCCAGAGUGAAGAGGAAAAGAUUUUCAACCCAGAGAUUCGCAAGAGUCCCAGAACUCCAAGACAAAAGAAUCCUCUAGUGCAGCUGUGGGAGUCAGGCCUGAUCAACAACUACAACCUGGAAGACGACUGAGGAUCAGGGAGGGUUUACAGAGACCUACAUUUUCUUUAAUUAUGGGGUGAAAUCAAAACAGAAAUGAUCAGUCUGAUGACGGAGGAAACAUGAAACAGGAGGCAGCAGCAUCAAUGAUGAAAAAGAAGUAACAUAAAGCAAAUCAGAAAGACGUCGAGGAUUAAGGCAAGAAAACGGGGCCAGGCAGACUGGGAGCAAGACAAAUGGCAGUAGAAGGAAAACGCUGCCUUUUUCUUCAGAUGAGAGGAGAGAAGAAAGACUGUGAGACAGGCCACUGUGUUGCCUGCUGGCCUGCUUAUGAUGCUGCAAAGACAAAAGACAAAACAAUAUCAUCAAGGAAAAAAUGAAGAUGACAAAUAAUGCAAUAGAGACCAAACAAAUUCUAAGAAAGCAAAUGUUAAAUCAUGCUGAAGUUCUUUUUAUUUUGAUUUUCUUAAGUAAUAAUAAAGUAUAACAUUUUGGUUUGAAAAGUUAGAAUUGUUAAUUUUCUGAAUAAUGUACAAGGAAACUGUAUUUAUAACAAAUUCCAUGGAAAUACUUAAAAAAUGAAACAAAUGCUUUUUUCAUGCUUCUUCUUUUCUCUGUUAAAAGAAACUAUUUGUUUUAUCAUCUAACAAAACAAAUCGUGAAUGUGUCUUCCAGUAUAAUGGGUGCAUGCUUGUUUGGUGUCGCUUGUGAUCUUUGAGCGGAUCAAAAAAAAAGAGGAAAAGAGGACAUCAAUAUGGAGAUAACCAACUCCUUCCGUUCCUAUUCCCUAAACAACAAUUACCGCCUUUUCAUCAGAGCUGCAAGUGUCUUUACAAAACAGUCGACACCAUAGAAAACCCAAACAAUGCUUCAGCUUUAUUAUUAUUAUGUUCUGAUUGAACAAAAAGCUCCUCAUACGUGUAUUGAGCAGGAUAAGGUCUACUUUUUGUUUCCUUUGAUUUAGCAGCUUACUUCUUCUGUUUCUCACAAUUUCAUUGUGUAUUUAGGUUUAAGCACAUAGUAUAUGAGAGGACAUUAAAAUUGUUUGAUGGAGGAUCAGGUUAGGUCUGGGUCAUCGUUGCAUAGAAGAUGUAUCCAUAUUUAUAAUUUUCAGCCUCUAUGGAGUCUUAACCAAUGCCUUUGUGUUGAGGGUGUAUAUACAUAUUUGAACAUCUUUGGUGCAUGUGGUGAGAAGAGGAUCAACAGCCACAAUUAUUUAUGAGACAUCACAUCUGACAUGUAAACACUGGUUGGAUAAUACAGCCAGUGAUUAUCCAACUGGUUUCAAACCAAACCAAAUAAAUUUUGGUUUGAAACAAACCAAACCUUAUUGCUGUUUCCAGAUGAAAGUAAUUUUUUUACAUGCUGUAAUAGUAAAGUUGAAAUGGCACCAGACUUGUUAUAAAACGGAUCACAUUUUGCUUGUAAAACGAGCACAGCUGUAGCAUAUAUGUGUUAUGUUUUGGAAUGAAGCUAAAGCUGGAGUGAAACUGUAUCAGUCCAGCUCUCUUCGGAUAUAUCUUCUAUCAACAGAGUUACCACUGAGGUCAGGAAAUCUUUGUCCUCAACAGAAAUGAGAAACACCCUCUGCAGAGCUGUGUGCUUUAUGCUGGGUUUCACUGUGGUCAAAGAUGUGUCACCGUCGGUACAGUUUUGGUGGAAACCCCCGCUGGGCCUUUCUUUGUUUACGUUUGCAUGAAGACGAGACGAGGGCAUGCUUUUGUGACCUCCCAGUGUCCUGUGAAUAAUUCAUGCCCUCAUUCGGACUGGACACAGCCCAGUGAUAUUUCCUGUAAAGUUUUAUGGUGGCACCAAAGCAUCUACAGAAACAAACCUCUUUCUGAGGCUCUUGCACAGCUAUGAUGAAUACAUUCAAAAAGAAACAGCAGCGAAAGCCUUGGAGAGAAACUCAUCAAUGUUCAAAGCUCAACAUGUUUAUUGUUAGGUUACACCAAAACAAUGCCAGUUCACCAUCAAAGAUAAUUUUCUUCUGAAUUUGCAACCUAGCCAUCUUAUCGCUGCAUUCGGUAUCUAAUCUGGCAGCUUUCCAGCCCCCAAAUAAAUGCACGCACCUA